AUGGCUCUGGCUGGGGAGUCCAAGAAGGACCAAGAAGAUACUGUUGGGGAAAUGACUACAACCAAAGGUACUGAAACGAAGGAGAAUAAGAAGAAAAGAGGAGUAAUAUCUAGAAUAUGGAACAGAUUAAUCAGAUUACAUGGAGGCGAUGAUUUCGAGAAGCGACUGCAACAUAUUUCCAAGGAAGAGGCUGCUUUGCUCGUUAGAAUGAAGAAGCGCUCUCAAAGUUGGCGGAGGAUGGCAAGGGAUCUCAUCAUUUUCUCUGUAAUAUUUGAGCUGAGACUUAUUAUAGGCUUGCAAGCUGCCUACGCCGCGGAACUUGAACUAACAGAGGUUCCGAUUCCAUUAGCUACUCAGGGGUAA